AUGGAUAAGUUUUUGUACGAGGAAAUAAAGUAAAAUGUUCCUUCUAUUCAAUACAGUCGAUCUUUUGUUUCAAAUUUCAAUGAAAAUAACUAAGAUGACUUGCUUUCAGAUGAUGACGACUAUGAUGACGAAAGCAGUAUUUUGUUGAACAGUUAGAAGUUCGACAGUUAGUCAGAAGAUGAGAGCAAGGAACGUCCUAGAAAAGAAAGCAAAUUAUCUCACUUAUUGCAAAGUGAUGUAGACAAUCAAGCUUAUAGCAUGAAUUCCUUCGUCUCUGGAUCAACUGAUACAGGAUCCUCAGUUCAGCCAAGAACUCAUAAAUAGCUAUUGCUUGCCUAAAAACUCAGAAAGCAAUAGCGUAAGCUAAGAAAAAAUAAGCUAUUUAAGAGCUAGGAAAAUAUUUCCCACAAUAGACCAAAUAAUAGUGAUGACAUUCACAGCUAAUUUAGAGGCCUUUAAUUACAAAUUAAUAAAAAUGAACCUUAAGUUCACAUUGAUGAAAAUAAAAAACUCAUUAAUACUAACUCCAACCCCACAAAUCUAAAUGAUAAUUCUGAAUUUCUAAAUACUCUUGACAGAUCAAAAUUAUUCAUGAUUUACACAGCUGUUUUACUCUUGGUAUUAGUUAUUACUGGCGGGAUUUUUAUGGUCAUGCACAGAAACGACUCUAAUAUUAGUAGAGAAUUGCAAUUCGCUCUAUUUGGACCAUAGAAAGCACCAAAUUCAAAUGGGACUUCAAUACAAAAUGGUUUCCUAGAUACCCAAUCCCAAAAUUUAGCAUCAGAAUAGUCAGUAUAAUCACAAAGCUAAUCUUUAUCAAACAAACUUGAAAAUAAACAAAAAUCCAAGAUUAACACCAGGAAGGCUUUAAAAGAGCAAGCUUAAGCUCAAAAUUUUAAUAAUGUGAAAGAAAAUCAAAAGUCUGUUUCUACUUCUCAUUGA